AUGACGACCGAGAGCAAUGGAGUCGAGGGCCCGUUGAUACCAUGAAUGACAGGUAUCACAAGGCGGCCCGGGAUGGCUACCUGGACCUGCUGAAAGAGGCUACGCGGAAGGACUUGAACGCGCCGGAUGAAGAUGGCAUGACACCGACGUUAUGGGCCGCUUAUCAUGGCAACUUGGAGGCUCUACGACUUAUCGUGGGCAGAGGAGGCAACCCUGAUAAGUGUGACAUAUGGGGGAACACACCUCUCCACCUGGCAGCCGCCAACGGCCACCACAACUGCCUGUCCUUCCUGGUGUCCUUCGGUGCCAACAUGUGGUGCCUGGACAACGACUACCACACGCCCCUGGACAUGGCCGCCACCAAAAGCCACAUGGACUGUGUCCGCUACCUGGACUCGAUUGCCGCCAAGCAGUCGGCCCUUAACCCCAAGCUGGUGGGGAAGCUGAAGGAGCGGGCUUUCCGCGAGGCCGAGAGGAGGAUUAAGGAGUGUGUGAAGCUGCAGCGGAAGCACCACAAACGCAUGGAGCGCAAGUUUCACAAAGAGGCGGCGUCGGAGCAGUCCAUGUCAGACGCCAUGAGCUUCUCCAGCUACACAAGCAGCUCAGUGAGCCGCAAGCUGCACCACCUAAACACCACCACUGUCAGUGUGCCAUACUCUCAGGCUACUCUUCACGCCACAACCCGAGGCAAGACCAAGAUCCAGAAGAGGUUGGAGAAGAGGAAGCAAGGGGACGGGACCUUCAAGAUCUACGAGGACGGCAGGAAGAGUGUGCGCUCCCUCUCGGGCCUCCAGCUGGGCAACGAUGUCAUGUUCCUUAAACAGGGAACCUAUGUCGGCCCUCGGGACCGCACAGGGCGCCGCGGAAACCUCCGAGAUAUAUUCCACGGAGACGCCAACGACGACGCCAUCUCUCGUGCCAUCAGCGAGCCGGACUUGUCUUACCGGCCCAACAUGGAAUACUCUGAGGUCAGCACCGACUCGGGCCACGACUCUCUCUUCAACCGGCCCGGUCUGGGAACCAUGGUGUUCCGACGCAACUAUAUCAGCGGCGGUCUGUUCGGCAUCGGCGGGCGCGACGAGGGGAGCCUCAGCGGAGGAACCGAACGGGCUGGCAGCGCCAACGUGCGGUUGCGCAGCCGGCUGCGGCGUUCGCCCAGCCUGGACGAUGGGGGGGACAGCAUCGGCAGUGCCCGCAGCCUCCAGGAAAGGAACCGCCAGGAUCUUCCCUGGGACGAGGUGGAGCUGGGGCUGGAUGAUGACUGCGAGGCCGUCACCAGCCCGUUGGAGGUGUUCUUGGCUGCGCAGACUAUGGGCGAGUUCCUCACCGUCUUCAGGCGGGAGAAGAUUGACCUGGAGGCGCUGCUGCUGUGCUCGGACCAGGACCUCAAGAGCAUCCACAUCCCCCUGGGGCCCAGGAAGAAAAUCCUGGAUGCCUGCAAGAGACGUCUGGAGACCCUUGAGGACCCUGACUACAUCGAGGACACCCUGCUGUGAAUGGUGACUGACACUUUUGGAUCUGAAGAUGCUGUGUAGAUACUGUAUACCUAUACUACUGUGAUGUUCACCUACAGAGUAAACCUAACCUACAGAGUAAACCUAACCUACAGAGUAAACCUACACUACAGAGUAAACCUAACCUACAGAGUAAACCUAUACUACAGAGUAAACCUACACUACAGAGUAAACCUACACUACAGAGUAAACCUACACUACAAAGUAAACCUAACCUACAGAGUAAACCUAUACUACAGAGUAAACCUAACCUACAGAGUAAACCUGUACUACAGAGUAAACCUACACUACAGAGUAAACCGACACUACAGAGUAAACCUACACUACAGAGUAAACCUAACCUACAGAGUAAACCUACACUACAGAGUA